GAAAAAGAUUGGCUUCAAAUAUGCACAUUAACAUGCCCCCCUUCAUUGUACUCUGAUAAUUUUGUAUGCAAUCAACGGCAGACAUGGGUAACGCUUGCCAGUGUUGCGCUUCUCGUCCUUCUGUCCUGAGCCCUCCUCAUGAUGAAGGAUCCUCUCUGCCUUCGCCGCCACCUCAGCCACUCAUAAUACCUUCCUCGCCUCUUCCAAUACUAACUACAUCUUCGCCGCCUCUUUCCAUUGACUCCCUCAUUCAGAGCAUCAAGCAAGUUAAUCCGACUGAUGAAAUAGAUUCUCUCUUGAACUUCAUUGAAGAUCGGCUACGGAGGAUCAAGGACACGCCAGAAAAAGCGUCUACCUCCUCUUCUCUGUUGGAUUCUGUAACCUCCACUACAACUCUGGCUGCUAAAGUUGUAGAUACUAUUACAACAGAGGCUGAAAAGCUAGCAAGCACGGAUAUGGUUAAGGAAAUGGGAAGGUUAGCAUUGAGUGGGCUGAAUAUGGUGGGAGAAGCCCACUUGUUGUUGUUAGGAUUGUCUGUAGCGGCACAUGCACUGGAGAGAUGUGUGACUAUGAAAUCUAAUGAUAAAGAUUGUAUCGACCUUUUGCAAGCAAUUGCUUUCCUUGCAAAAGAUCUGAAGCAAUUCAAGGAAGCGAUGCCUGGAGAGAGCGAAAGACUAAGCCAAGCAGUUCAGAUGAUAGUGGAGGGCGCAAUCAUAUGUUGCGACUACAUCAACAAGGGAGGAGUCUCCAGGUAUUGGUCCGCCACAACAACCCAGGCCCAAGUUGUAAAGACAAAUCAGAGUAUAAGAGAUAUACGGACCUCUCUUGGCUUCCCAAUUAACCUUGACGUUCAUAAAAACACUAGAGAGCUUGUUCAAAACACUAAAGAGCUUCUUCGAACGGCUACAGUGCGUCUCGAGGAAUCGCCCCUCAAGCUACUUGACUUUGAGCCAGUUGGGAUAGACACAAAAGUAGAAGACGUGAAAUCAUUAUUGGCUCUUGAUGGCACAGAACCAGCGCUGGCCGUUGUAUUGUGCGGCUUCGGAGGUGUUGGAAAAAGCACGCUUGCGGCUUCAGUUAUUCAGAAUUUGUACCAGACUCAACCCGGGACUUGUGCAGGCUUCAAAUUUUGCAGAGUUAUUAUAAACGACAAAACUGCAGAUGAAAUAUCUCACAUCAAGCAGCUCCAACGGGAUAUGAUUUCUGAUUUUGGAGGAGGGAGACAGGAUUUGCGAAAUCCAGAGGAGGGUCGUCGCCGCCUACAUGAGGUCAUGGAAAACAAAUGGUGCCUUCUUUUCAUCGAUAAUGUCGUCGACAAAAAAUAUGUCCAAAAGCUCCUGCCCAAAGAUUUAAAAUGGUUCAACAAAUCUGAAAAUAUGCUUGCAGAGGAUAUGGGGAAGCCAAAAUCAAAGCUGAGAAUAUUUAUCACGUCCCGAGAGAAAAAUCUUAGACCAGAAUUCAAUAUCACCUGCAAGGAAUAUGAUGUGCAUGCAUUUUCGAAUCAAACGUCAAGGUGCCUCCUGAGAGAAACAAUCUUACAGAGUGAUCAAAAAUUACGGGACAACUUUGAAGAAAUUGAUUUGAUGAAUGCAGUGGCUGACGCAUGUAGAGGCGUCCCGAUACUCUUGUCUGUUUUUGGAAAACAUUUGAGAGAUAAUAGAAAGGCAGCAAGUUACAAAGAAGCCCUUGAAUCGCUUCGUCAGGGAAACCUGGAUAGUUUUGCAGAUGAAGAUCUCAGUAAACAGCUUUUCUUUGUUUAUAGUAAGUUGAGCGAGGAAGAUCAAGAGGCAUUCCUUGAUAUUUGCAAAUAUUUUAAUGGCUGGCAAUGGAAUCUUGUUUGUAGGAUUCUAGAUGAAGGUAGAGUUGAGAAUCUUCAGAGGAAAAUGCUGAUAAAUAAAAGCGACUUGGAUGUCGUCAAUGUUCACGACAUCCUCCGCAUAAUGGGAGAGAAAGAAAGCAGGCAAACGAGGAUAUCGAAUUACAAGGAAUUAUUACAAUUAUUGGAAGAUGGUGAAGAAAAUCUCAAAAAUGUGAAAGGCAUCUCCCUUGUAGAGAACGAGUCCUCAAUCACACUUGAAUACAGACAUUUAAAUGCCACGUGUCAAUCGUUGAGAGUACUGAUGAUAGGAGAUUGGGUAAGGUUGGAUGGGCUUCCGUGCAAAGGAAGUUUUCAGAAUUUGAGAUGUCUGAGUGUGGGGGAUGUGAUUGAUUUUCCAAUUGAAGAUGUUUCAAAACUGCACAAACUCACGGCUCUUUCCAACAGCUCAAAGCGCGGCAUGAAUUUAGAUCGGCUUCCACCGAGUCUGAAGAUCAUCUCUCACCAUGUACCAGAUUCGUAUGGCCAUUCCUUUGAAAAUCUUCCAUUGGCGCAGAACCUGCCUUCUUUACAAAGUUUUAUUGUGGAAUCGAGGAUGUUGGUGAAACUUCCAGAGAAAUUCGGGCUCCCUUCAUCUCUAAUAGAUCUCCAGUUGAAUUGUUGCAGGCAGUUACCUAAAGAAUUCAGUAAUCUUGCUGCUCUUGAGCGUUUGACUCUCGAUAAAUGUGACUUUGAAUUUUUGCCUCGAGGAAUGGGAAAACUCAAGAAACUGAAGCAUUUGAGCCUGCAACACUGCACAAUGUUGGCUUCCCUGCCGGAAGAACUUGGGCUACUAUCUUCAAUGACUUGUCUGAGGCUACAAGGAUGCACGCUUCUAAAAAAUUUACCUGAUGACCUGGGAAAGCUGAGUGCACUGGAAGAGCUGAACAUGAGAGAUUGUCAGAAUUUGAGGGAGCUACCUCAAAACUUUGGCGGAUUAUCUUCUCUACAAAAGCUGGAUUUGACGGGAUGCAGUAGGAUAGAGUCACUGCCAGAAAGCUUUGCGAAGCUUCGGAUAGAGUCGCUCACUCUGGAAUCACUACUGAGUUUAGCGGAGCUUCCGUAUUGUUUUGGAAACAUGGCAUAUCUUUCUCACCUGAAGUUGAAAUUCUGCAACUCAUUAUCCACUCUUCCCAGUACCUUUGUGCAGUUGAAAUGUUUAGAGACCUUACAUAUAAGUUACUGCAGCAAAAUUGUGGAGCUUCCGGGAGACUUUGGCCAGCUAAGUGUCUUGAGUGAAUUAUAUCUGAAAGAUUGUCCUAAACUGGAGAAGUUGCCUGAUGGAUUUCAAGCACUGCCGGCCUUAAAAAUGCUCCACUUGAUCGGUUGUUCCAGUUUAGUGAGUCUUCCUUCAGGGUUCGGUGAGCUCAUAUGUUUGGAAUACUUGUUUAUAAAUGGCUCGUUAAUCUCGAGGCUUCCGGAUGGAUUCGGUAAACUCAAAAGAUUAGAGACUUUAAUAAUACAACUCGGUUACAAAUUAGAAACAUUUCCAGAUGAUUUUGAAACAUUGUCAUCUUUGACUUCUCUGAAAUUGCACUGGUGUCCCAAGUUGAAUGGCGCAGCAAUGGAGAGAAUAAUAAAAUUACAGCACUGCUAUUGUGCAGUUAUUUCAAAAAGUACUGAAUUGAUAAAGAGGUGGGAAGAAAUGCGGGAGGAGGUCGAAUCUCCAAUGGCCGUGCUUACUAAACCAAAUGUUCUGGACUGGGAGGAGAAGGAGCGCGCAGCAAGAGUCAGUUUGUCGCGUGGGAAGUGCAUACAAUUGGACGAGAGUAGAGAGCAACUGAUAGAGCGCUCAACAUCCAUGUUGUUUGAGGAGGACACGACUGUGGCACUGAUCGCCCUCCCUCUGCACAUGGAAUUUAAUCAUCAUCAGCUUAUACAACGACUUGUUGGGGUGGCGAUGGAGAAAGCAAAGGCGGCUUCUAAAAGACGACGCCUGAGGAUUGUUUAUGUGAAAAGAGUAAAACAGAAGGGCGAAACAACAGAACAAGAGAGAAAAGAAGAAGAAGACUGUUUCCGACAAAUUUUGAAGUCGAUGCCAAUAGGAUCGUUCGCCAUUCCUUGUACUGACAGGAGGCGCCAUCGUCUUAUUACCUACAUUUUCUUUGAUAGCAGUGGUUACAGAGCUGACAACAAACUUGCCUGUCGUCUGCUGAAUGUAGGGGUGGAUGAUAAAGACCAUAAAUUUGUGAAGUUUAUAGAUAAGUUUGGAGAAGAUGAUAUUUCAGGAGAGGCCAUCCAGAGCUCAGAAAGCUUGGAUAAAGAAGAUAUAAUUUCCAAUAGAAUUGGAAAUUUUAUAGAAUCUAUAUGUUCAGGGAGGUUUUCUGGAACAGAUGGGCCGCCCAAUGAAAGUAGGUUUACAGAGUUUCUUCGAAUAUUGAAGGAAAACAGUGCAGGUCACCUCAUCGACAGUAAACUGAACCUGGUACAGUUGGAUCAGCUAAAGACCAAUGUGGUCGGCAUCUUCAUAAGUGAUCUAAAUACUUCUGAGUAUAUUAAAUUAGAACAGAUAUAUAAAGAACUCAAAUUUAAAGGUCACAAUUUUGAAAUGAUCUGGAUUCCUCUACUUAAAAAUGUAUUUUAUGGGCGUGGUACUUAUACAAGGGCUAUUCAAAAAAUGAGCUGGACAGUUCUUCCUAAUCCUAACAUGGUUAAAUUGGAAAACAAAAAUCCACAUUGUAUUAUUUUUGAUCAAGGAGGAAAUAUUACAAAUCAGGAUGCUUUGUCUGCAAUGAUGUCAUGGGGUGUGGAGGUCUUCCCAUUUACCCAAAGUAAGAUUAAUCGCAUUGUCUCUACUACACAUGCUGAAUCAUGCUUAAAUUUUCUCUUCAAUGAACUAAAUCUGGUGGACAAAGGAGUCAUAGAAAAUAAGUUGACUUUUCUAUAUGCUGAACCUCCAAGUUCAAAGUUAAAAAUGAAAUUCAGUUUAGAGCAAUUAGAACAAGUCCAUAACAAUGUUCAAAUUAUAUAUGUGGGACAUUUUUUUGUGGAGGAGUUUGAUCUUGCAACAUUCAAAGAUAUAUAUGAAGAUGUGAUACAAGAAAUGCAUUGGCAUAAACUCUCAUUUGAGGACAUGGUUACCUUUUGGUAUCGUUGCAAGUAUUUGUUUGAAGAAAAUGAGGAUAAAUUAGAUAUGAUGACAAUAGAACUCAAAUCUCUUGCUAGGUUUCUAUAUAUUGAAAAACGUUGGCUAGUUGUAUUGGAUAGUGAUGGAGUGGUAACAAAGAGUGGUUAUGAAAUGGUGAAGAUAAUAUGUAAACCAGAUUAUGAGAAAAGAGAUGAGGUGGAUGUCAUAAUGAAGAAUGAAUUGUUGGAAAGUCUACAAUUGAGAAAAUGCAAUCAAAUUGUGAGGACAUUCUUCAAGGAUAUCAUAAACCAUCCAAAACAUUCACAACAUCAUUUGAGAAUAGAUGAUAGAGAAUUUAGAAAUUAUUAUUGCAACUCAUGCUAUUUUGCUCAAACAAUUGCAUGGAACCAACAAAGACGUUAUAGAUGUAACCAAUGUGAUUGGGAUUUGUGUAUAAAAUGUUGGGAAUUACUUGUAAAAGGAGAAGUACAAAGAUCUCACCAAGAAUAAGGUUAGUAAAGGGGUUCCCUUUGCACACUUCCAUUGUAGAACAAAAAAGAGAUUACAAUAUUUGUACUUUUAAAGAAACAUUCAAUUUAUCUUGGAUGUUAUAUAUUAUUGGACACGCGGAUCUUGUAUUAUUCUAUUAUACAUGAAUCACAUUUAUUAAUUUAAUUUA